AUGGUCUUGCUGCCUGUCGUGCAAAGCAAGCAGCCCUUGAACAACCAGGUGGCUGCGAUCCAUGGAAUCGCCAUUUAUGCAUCCAAGAGCCAGGAGCACGCCUUGGCGCACUGGGACUUCUUUCGGGGCCUUUUGGAGGCACAGUCCGAGCUUGGAGAGUUGGCUUCCCUUCGACUGGCGGAGCUUUCAGUACACUUCAUUUGUGACGUGCUCUUGCUAUAUCCAUCUGCUCUGGAGCCAAAGCGAGAGCAAGCCUGCCUUGCGUUGGCCAGGCUCUUGAUCUCGUUGGAGGAAAAGAACGCGAAGCCUGGGCGGAAAGCACUUCAUCAUUUGCGAGCUGCACUUUGGGACCGGAUUUGCUGCGUGGCCUUGCGAGGGUCCUUGGAGGGUGCGGCUGGUGCAUGGCUUUUGGGGAAAGCGCUGGAGGUUUGCUGCUCCCGGUUUCCAUCGAACGAGAAUGAUGGCAAGCUCCAGCUUCAGAGACCAACCAAACGAAGGCGAAUCGAAGAGGCCUAUACGUCCCUGGGCCAGAUGGAAGUCUCUCCGGCAGAGGAAGGAGAUCUCGUCCACCGAGAUGAUCUCGGUAGUGUUCGUUUGCACACUCGCCGAGCGGUGCUGUGCACCCGUUUGCUUCGCUUCUUUGCCACCUUACCGCUGAUCUCGGCCGGGCACGCUGCGUUGCUGGUCCAGGCCAUGGAAGCUUUCUUGGCCGCACGACUCUACAUGAGUGGUGCUGGUGGCUCGACCCGAUCGGCCACGGCUUCGCGUGCGGUGCGCUUGGUGCAGGUUCGUUUGGGCCGAGCCAAGGACAGCUUGGCAGCAGAAGGCUGCGAGGUUGCCCAGCUGCAGUUGUACGUCAUCAGGUCUGUGGCUGCUGCCAUGUUGUCCGCCCCACAGGCGCAGGUGAAAGGAUUGGCUGAUGCUCUAGGGGCGGCCAUUCUGGCUGCGGCUGGUGGAGGACCUUGUUUCAGUUGGGCUGGCGAACGUGCCGAGAUGCUGCGAGACGCGACUCGAUCUUUGCUUCGAGAAUGGUCGCCUGCGACAACUGCAAAGUCUGUGGCCAUGCUCUUGGAAGAGAUUUACACUCCAGGUCGUGUCUCCGUGGGGCUUGGCAGGGAAUUUGCCCAGGAAGCGCUGGACAAAGCGGCCGACUUCCGACAUGACCUAGCUGCUCUGGGGUUGUCAAUGCCAAAUCCUGGAGUCUCACUUUCCAAGAAGUCGUCAUAUAUUCCAAGUCGAGGGAUUGGCUACUGGCAGAAGCCUGAGCCGAAGCCAGAAGCUUCUGCCACCAAGUCCAAGCCAGAACCAGUGGGACCGAAGGAGGACCCAGAAGAAUGGGAGGAGCCGAGCGUUGAAUUGGUUUCUCGUUGGGAGAUCCUCGACCAUGACACUCGCCUGGCUUUGGUCCCUCGCGGAAGCAGCUUGACGAUGGGCCGACACAACAGCUGCGACAUUUGCAUUGACGACCUGGCUGUGAGCAAAAGGCAUUGUAUCAUCACGUCUUUGACAGGAAGCAAGAUUGACUCCUUGGUGCUUCGUGAUUUAUCCAGCAAUGGCACCUUUGUGAAUGGCGUUCACUUGAAGAGCGGGGAAGAGCUUGGACUGAGUGAUGGAGAUCGGAUCACCUUGGCAUCGCGAGAAAGCCAGGCUUUCGAAGUCCGAUUGUGUCAGAUCGAGCUCAAGAAGGUGAAUGUUGAGAAGGUCAAGGCGCAGAUGGAAUCGAAGAAGGAAGUAAAGGCAGAGGCAGAAGAGACACUAAAUGACACGAAGGAGAAGAAAGCAGAGGACAUUCCAAAUGAGAAGAAACACGAGGAGAAGAGUCGGCAGAAGCGGGCUUUGAAGGAGUCCUUCCCGCUCAGACGACUGCGUCGAAAGACCAAAGAUCCAACGUGGCAAGCGAUUUCUCAGGAGAAACUGGAAACACUGCCUCCUGCGCCACCUCCGGCGAUGGCAGAGAGGGAGCCGGAGGAGGACUCGGAGGAUGAUGCACAGAGCACCGCCACCGUCAAGAGUCCCUCUAAGGUGGCCAGAGUGGUGCAUCGGUCCAAGGUGGGUCAAAGCCGUCUUGUGGACCUUACAAGCGGAGAGGUUCAUCGUCUACCGGAGGAUGGUUUAGUCUCUGUGGGUCGUCGUCCAGAUUGUGAGGUGGUCAUUCCAAGAUCUGUGGUCAGCGGCCGUCAUUGUGUGCUGCUUUGCUCAGAAGGUCAUGUGCAGGUGGAGGACGUGAGCGCUAACGGUACCUUUGUGAACGAGACCCAGGUGCCAAAGGGCUUCAGCCUGCCUCAACACGUACUACUUCAUGAUGGGGACCAUAUUUUCCUGGCGCAUCGUGAUGGCCCCAGCUUGCUGUUCCUCUCUGGGGAGGCUGGAGAUGAGGUCCUGUGA